AUCCCGGCCGGAGGAUGAGGCCCUGGGGGUGCCGUGGCCGGAUGGGCUCCGUGGCGGUGCUGAAAUAUUCCGUGGUGGGACUUUACCUCCUGGUGCUCCUCAUCCUGGUGGGAAUCUUCAUCCUGGCAGCGUCCCGGCCCCAGGCGUCCCCCGAGGAGCUGAGGGCGCUGCUGGGCGACGUCCAGCGCCUCAACGGGACCUUCCGGGACCUGCAGCUGCGGCUGCUGCAGCGCCCCCCGGCCCAGGCCGACCUCCUGGAGCACGUCUGGAGGCUCCAGGACCUCCUGCAGAACCACUCGGACUCGCUGCUCCUGCUCUCGGGCUCGCUCCAGCGGCUGCAGGGGCUCCUGUGGGCGCUGCAGAGCCAGGCCGGACAGACGGACAGCUCGCUGCAGAGGCUGCGGGACUCGCUGGGCCAGCAGAGCGACGCGGCCCAGCUGGAGCUGUCGCGGCUCUCGGUGGAGGCCAACGGCAGCCGGCUGCUCCUGGAGCACCAGCAGCACCUCCUGGCGCACCUGGGCGGGCGGCUGGAGGCGCUGGGCGAGCAGGCGGCGGCGCUGGGCGCGGCGGUGGAGGCCAUGAACCGCAGCUUCUCCUACGAGCUGCGCCUGCAGAGCUCCCGGCUCCGCGACCUGCAGGGGCUCCUGGGCAACGCCAGCGCCGACGGGCGCAGGAUGCGGGCGGCGCACGGGGCCAUGGAGAGGCAGCUGAGGCUGGAGCUGGCCCUGCUCAACAACGUCACCGAGGAGCUGCGCAUGAAGGACUGGGAGCAUUCCGUGGCGCUGAGGAACAUCUCCGUCAUCCGGGGGCCGCCGGGACCCAAAGGAGACCGAGGCACGGAAGGGAUGGAGGGAGAGCCCGGCCUGCCCGGCCUGCCCGGGCUCCGAGGCCUCCCCGGGGAGCGGGGCCUGCCCGGCCCGCGGGGGCUGAAGGGGGACCAGGGGGAGCUGGGCCCGCGCGGCCCCGCGGGAACGCGGGGGCUCAAAGGCGAGCGCGGCCCCAAGGGGGACAAGGGGGACCGGGGUGACCGAGGAGCCGCGGGUGGCACCGUUCCCUCGGAGGGCUCGGUGCGGUUGGUGAACGGCUCCGGGGCCCACGAGGGGCGCCUGGAGAUUUUCCACGAGCGGCGCUGGGGCUCGGUGUGCGACGACGGCUGGGACGGGCGGGACGGGGACGUGGCGUGCCGCAUGCUGGGCUACCCCGGCGCCGCCGACGUCUUCCGCAUGGCGCGCUUCGGACAAGGCUCCGGGAAGAUCUGGAUGGACGACGUCUCCUGCACGGGCACCGAGGAGUCCCUGGAGCUCUGCAGCUUCUCGGGCUGGGGCCGCACCAACUGCGGCCACGCCGAGGACGCCGGAGUGCGCUGCCGGACAGACUGA